UGGGUUGGGGGGUAUAGUCAUGACCCCCCCCCCCAGUAAACACGGUUUUUGAAACAGUGUCAGAAAGGAUCCAAGUGAGAAGGAUUCGGUAUUGCUGAUUCUUUUUAAAACAUUCCUCUUGGCUUAUGUCUUUUGUUCCAAUCCAGGAGAAAUCCGGUGAAUCACCUAAUUAAAAUCAAGACAUGAAUUAAGCAUCCAUUUUUGUACUACAAAUUGCCAGCGCUACGUUUGUCCCUCCCUUGGUCUCCAUUAAAAAACACCAGAGACGUUGUUAAAGGGGGGCAGAUUUUGCCUCUAGCUGCCAGUUCUGCUUUCUAUUUCACUGACUAUCCCAGGACCUAAAUUGCUUGGCUAUGUAAUUACUAGAGUAUAAGUCUAUUUAACUUAAAAGCUUUCUUUUUUUUUUUCCAACUCUAAAUGAAACUUGAUGAGGGCCCGUCCUUAGUUAUCAGGGGAGUCAGUUUCUGGUCAGUCCUCUUGAUUCAUCUCUUUUAGAUUUAAUCAGCAUUAAGGUAUUGCUUGUCCUUAAGAGCUUUAGCUAAUGGGGUUACUGGAUGCUUUUCUCAGCGUAAUGUUUCCUUUUCAAAAAAAAAUAUAUAUAUUUACCUCUCACCAAAGAUGGGGGCGGGGAACAGCUUGGAAUCUCCUCCUUCCCCUCCCCUUUUAAAAAGGAAUUCGGAGCGAUUAAAACGUUGGGGGAAACAGUUUAAAGACCUAGGGCAGGAAAUGCAGAUUCAUUUGGGUUAGGGCUGAAAUUGUAACAAAAAGCAAUUCCUCGAGUAAAUGCAUCAGAUAAAUCAAUUUACAUAAAGGUAUGAUGCAUUCGGAUAAAUGCAAUGCUAAUGGGUUUUAGAGUGGUCCAGUUUCCAAAGUCUCAGGGUUUUGUUACAGCUUAAUUGGUGCAGUUCUUAUUCUGGUUUAUUGUGCGGUCACUGGACACACGUUCCGGGACUCUUUCGGAGGAAAUGUGUUUAAAAUCGGCCUAUUUAAGGAACCCGAGUGCUUGUUUAGUUCCCUUCCCCUCUUUUUUUUUUUAUUUGCAGCAUCGAAGUUGGGUCGGGGACAGGCAAAGUUCGCCCUCUCCCUUCUGAAGUAUCAGCUGAAUGUCUUGAGCAGAUAGCUGGGAGCCUCGGGGGGAGCCCACACUCUCGGUUUACAGAGGACAAAGACAAAACAGGCUGCUUAAUUGGCAGUAAAUAACUUGAUCUUUUUAUAGAAUAAAUGACUGGAGGAACACUAGGACUUUAUUGGACUCAGGAUUGGAGGCAACAAAUUAAUCGGUUUAGGCUAAGCUUUAUAAAUUGAUUCUUAUAUUAUACCCCAGUUGCUUCUCUUGUGGCAUUCAUUAGAAAGAGUGGGGAAUUUUUAAAAGCAGUUUUUGGUGACAGCAGGUCUAGCUUGAAUUUAACUUUGUGCGUCCCUUAAUAGUGCCUUUUCGCAUAUUAUCUGUACCCCCCUCCCCUUUUUGGAGGAACAAAGCUUUAGCAUUUAAAUUGCUGAUCAAGGGCAGAUUAGGGAGACCAAAGUGAAGAGUGUUUGUAUAGGAAGUUAACAGGCAUCCUAAAGUUCAAUGAUCUAUUAUUCUUGCCUGUGUCCUGAAAACCCAGAGAAAACACUCAUUGAUCUUCAAAAUGAAAUGAGAUUUGGAACAAUAAUGGGAGAUGGCGGUCACCACAAUGGCAUGUGAAAGGUGCUGUUUAAAAUACGAAAAACCAGUUUCGCAACUUUACACACCGCACUCCCCCGCCCGCCCCUCGCCUCUCCUCCCACCACUAUGCUCUCCUUCGCCACUCAGCCGGUCCCUCCCUCCUUUCCUUUCAGAAAACCGAACUCAUUUCCAACUUGUGAACUGCAGCUGCACUUCCCAGGGCAGAGCUCGGGAGGGAACGUGGCUCCGGCGGGGCCCGGAGUGGCCGCCGCCUCCCCACUCUCCUCGCCUGGCUCUCGGGGCUCAGCUAGAACUGGGGAGGGGCUGGGCGCGGCCGUGGGUGGGUUUGACCCUCAUUUGCUGGGGCCGGGCGGCGGGGUAGAGGAGGAGGGGGCAGUGGGCGGAGGCGGGUGCUGGGAGGAGGCGCCGUGAGGGGUGGAGCGCGCAGCCGGAGCCUCGCUUUCGGAGUUUUGACAGUACCAAAGCUGAAAUUGUCAGCGGCGGCGAGCGCUGGAAAGUUGAGAGGAGCUCGUGGCCCCAGAACAAAGCUUGAGAAAAACCAUGGUGAAUCCGGGCAGCAGCUCGCAGCCGCCCCCGGUGACGGCCGGCUCCCUCUCCUGGAAGCGGUGCGCAGGCUGCGGGGGCAAGAUUGCAGACCGCUUUCUGCUCUAUGCCAUGGACAGCUACUGGCACAGCCGCUGCCUCAAGUGCUCCUGCUGCCAGGCACAGCUGGGCGACAUCGGCACGUCCUGUUACACCAAGAGCGGCAUGAUCCUUUGCAGAAAUGACUACAUUAGGUUAUUUGGGAAUAGCGGUGCUUGCAGUGCUUGCGGACAGUCGAUUCCUGCGAGUGAACUCGUCAUGAGGGCGCAAGGCAAUGUGUAUCAUCUUAAGUGUUUUACAUGCUCCACCUGCCGGAAUCGCCUGGUCCCGGGAGAUCGGUUUCACUACAUCAAUGGCAGUUUAUUUUGUGAACAUGAUAGACCUACAGCUCUCAUCAAUGGCCAUUUGAAUUCACUUCAGAGCAAUCCACUACUGCCAGACCAGAAGGUGAAUACCCAGCAAUUACUAAUAAGCUUUAUUAGAACAAGUUGGAGGGUUCAACCUCUUUUAACCUACCAAGGGAGUAUUCCUGGGUUGUUGUAUUUUUGCAUGCCCUUUUAAAAGAAGUAUAGACUAUUCCUAUAGAGGGUUCAGCAACAGAGUAGUUGAUUAAAUUAUGAAUCAUCUAUAGUUAAAAAAAAAUCUUGAUGUGGUUAUAUCUGUAGUUUCAUUGAUGUUCAGUGUAGGCUUAUCUUGUGCAAAGUCAGACUUCCAUAUAACCAGUUGUUUAUCCUGUUUGACAAUUUUGAAAUUCAGAAACACAAUGUGAUAGGUUAUUGUGGGAAGAAAAUUAGAACAUUCAGGGUAGGAAAAGGGAAUAAACAUCUUUGUCAUGAAAGAAUGAUCUCUGCAUAAGUAAUAGGAACCUGGACACUUGACAUCCAAGCCCCAUUUAUGGUGCAUUUAAUUUUGGAAUAGCAGUUUAACAAAACAUUCUAAUUCCAGAGUAAGGCAUUUUUGUUGAUUGGUAGCCCUAUAAAAUUUGAAUAAGUUACGACUUUUAAAACAAAGUUCUUACUCUUGCUUACUAGUUUUUGCCACUGAUAGCGCCAUUAAAUAUUAUGUAUCUCAGUUCUUGCUCCACAACUUGAAAGUUCUUGGAUCAGAGUUAGAAAUGAGGAAAUUAUACAAAUCAUGUAGUGUUAGAAGGCACUUCAGAGGGAAAAUUGGUGAUCAACAGUUGUCCAGCACCCGCAGUACUGGGUAGUUUUAGAUCUAUUCUAAUCUCCUUAAUAAGUUCUAUAGCUAUGCAAGUGAGUGCAUUUUUGAUAACUGCUGUGCCUAAUUUGUAACAAUUACUGUCAACCUUCAGUUAAGAGACUGUUCAUUCCACACUGGCCCAGAAAAGAGUGAAAUGUAUGACUCGUGCGCAUAAUUUUAUUCACAUCAUAUUUCAUACUGAUUAUGUAUUGACGACAUUGAUUCAUUUACUCUUUACAGCGCCACUUGCAUGGAUAUUAAAUCUUAUUGACCACAGAUGAAUUUUAAUUUCAGAUUGGUGAUAGAUUUUUCCAUCAGCUCUGAUAGUAUGUUUGACUUUUUCAUCAUUAACCCAGGCAAUCACACAGCACUGAGUUAUUGCAUUGAAACAAAAAGUGCACACUUCACUUGGUAAUUCUUUAUGGAUUUACAAUAGGAACUUCAUUAAUGUCUGUUGUAAGGAUCUCAAAAAAACAACAUUUAUCUGCAAAUAGGAAUUUUGCAGGCCUCAAAAGUCUCAGAAAAAAAUAUUAGGUUGCCUUGUCUUCUGUAAUGCAUUUUCUUAAUGCCGUGUGGGGGGAAAUGACAAAUACUUGAAAAUUUUUAACCAUUUAAAAUUAUACUGCCGUAUUUUAAUGCUUAUAUUUGUUGUUUUCCCUUAAGUUUAUGGGUUAAUCUUAAACAUAUUUUCUGUUUCUUUAUUAAGUAAAUGUCAAUUCAUCAAAAUAUUUGCACUUUUAUUUAUUUAAUUUACGUAGAUGGGGAGCUACAAAUAAUACAAUUUUUAAGUAUAAAAGUCUAAUUAUUUGUUGCAAAUUAACCACUUAACAUUGUUGAGCAUUUCAAGUUUCUUUAAGGAGUACCAAUACAUGUAAAUACUUACAGAUUUUUAUCGCUUGAAUUGUAAUACAGUGAAUCUACAGGGCAGAGUUGAGAACAAUGAAUGGGUAGCAUAAAUAUUCUGAGAUACCCAUUUCAAAAUAGAGGUAAGGCCAUUUGUGGUUAUACUUGGUAGCAAAAAGUUAAAUGUGCUGGGAAUAAAAUGGUUGAUUUCUUGCCCACCCUUCCCUCUAAUAUAAAAGCUUAGUUUUUUUUCCCAAGUUAAAUCUUAAGUUUGUUGCUGGUUUUAUACUAUUUCUUUCCCUGAUUUAGCAAAGUAUUAACAAUUCUCACCAACAUAACAUUGUGAGAAUUGAAGGCCAUAGAGACAAAAUGGAAGAUGGAGCCAGAUUGUGAAGCACUGGACAUAAGCAAUAGUGAUGUUAGUUAGGGAUGAAGUGCAAAGGACAGCCAAGAAAUAUGAGCAAGAUCUCAGGCCCAUCUUACUGAAUACAAGAUGAUGUAGAUUUACAGGCAUUAGGGAGGGAAACUGCAGCAAAAUCUGUCUUACAUGUUCACAGGAUUAUGUACAUGGUGCCUUUUUUUGUACAUAUCUUUUGUUUUUCAGAAUGGGAGCGGUAGAGUUCAUUCUGGAACAUAAAAUAUAUUUUAGGCAAUGCAUAAGAACCUACUAAUGUAUAUUUUCUUAAUGUUAGAGGCCAAAAAGAGACAGGUGGCUUUGGAAAAUUAAUAGCUCUUAAAAGGCAUGAGGAAAUAUAACUUAAGGAUAUGUUCUUGUCAGACAUUGGUGAGAAGCUGCGUUUUGGGGGUGAUGUUAAUUAAGAACAUUUCCCUGUUGGCAUAAAAUGUCUCACAUUUUUGCCCUUGGUGCUCAGCGCACCAUGAACACAGUCAAUUCACAAGGUAGUUUUUGUAAAUAAAGGUUUUGGGCAAGCUGAACGUGGUCCAGAGAGAUAUUAAUGAGAGGGCAAGGGGGAAGAGUUACUGAAAACACACUUCUGGUGGAACAUAAACUGCUUUUUGGAUCUGGAGAAUGCUUUAAAAUUAUUUUCCCAAAAACCCUGUGGCGUUUCUUUUCUGGAGGAGAUGCAGUGGGGAGAAAUGACAAAUAGCUCCAUUUUAUUAUUUUCUUCUUUCUUGUUCUCCAUAUUUUUGGUAGGGAAAAUUGGACAGUUAUUUUGACCGUUUUCCUUCUGCGCACAGAACCGAUUACAUUUCUAGUGUGUGAUGCAUAAUAACAUAUACCCAAGCAUCCUCUCACCUAAAAGUAAUGAGUUGGUUAUUUGUACGUCCCUUCCUUAAAGGCAGCUAAUUGUAUGGAAAGUAAUAGGCCCUUGUCAUCUAGUCCCUUUAAACUUUUAUCCUGCCGAAAUGUGUUCCCAGCGUUUGGGGUGUGUAGUUGUUGUUCUGCAUCAUUUAGCUUUUGUAUAUUCAGAGGAAGAUAACUAAGCUUUUAAAUUACAUAGUCUCUUGACUGAAAUCUCAGACCACCGGUGUUCAAGGACCUACAAAAUUUUAUAGCCUGUAUCAUUUAAAGGAAGCCUGGCUAGCCUCAGGAGAACACUGCCUUCUCCAGAGCUAUGUAAAUACAAUCAGAAAUUGUGGCCACAUUUUUUUUGUAGAUUUUUGCCUGCUGUGGAAUUCUUUCUUCCACUCAAAAGUCUAAAGGUACCCUCUAGAAUUAUCUGUGCUUCUCAGUAAAAUAAGAGAUUAGACGCCUUUAGUUGGAGGAAAAUUUAGCAAGGGUACUAGUUUACAUAGCACUCUGCAGUUCCCCCGUAGUUACAUAAUUGGUGUUGUGUGUGUCCAUCGGAGAGGACAUUUGAUGCUCAUUUAUUAAAUAUGCUCACUGGCUGCUACCACAUCUUUGUUCUGGACAGACAAAUUACCUUUCUCACACUGAGCUUCCACUCUGGGGAAUUAAGCCUCCACCACUUUAAUUAGCUUGGAAAUGGGGGGUUGCAGUUCCUAAUAGACUUCAGGCUUUUAGUAAGUUAGGGAAAGGGUGAAAAGAGAACUUUCUGGGAAGCUCAAAAUGUCAUUUAAAAACCAUAAAAACCUAAUACAUAUAUGAUUUCAUUUUAGUAACUGAAAACAGAUUGUAUUUGAAGACUCUGUGGAUUUUCAUUUCUAACUUAGACAUUAAAGUUAGACUUCCAUUGAACUCUGUGCUCUUUAAUUGAUACAUCAUCAACACAUUACAUGUGUUUGAUUCAUAUAAUUACCACAUAUUUGUGUAACAUUAAGUGACAUCAAAAACCCGUUGCUGUCGAGUCAGUUCUAACGCAUAGGGACCCUAUAGGACAGAGUAGAACUGCCCGAUCUCAUAGGCAGGUAGGAAAUGUUAAGUGAAAAAUUACAUCUGAUAAUCAGAAAAAUAAUAUCUGAGUUAUUUGCACAUACGAUUUUUUAUAGAUAAAUACCUAUAGAUAAACACCGAGGUGAGUAGAUAUCUCGUGCAAAUAUCAGAAGUCAUUCAUACUAAUGAUAACUGCCAGUAUUUUUUGAGCAUUUAGUAUGUGUCAGGCGCUGUUGAAAGUAUUCCAUGUGUAUUAUUGUAAUCAUCAUAACAGCCUUAUUAUCCCAACUUUAAAGAUGAGGAAACUGAGGUACAAGGCAGUUUGAGUAACUUGCCAAAGGUCACACAAUUGAAUGUGUUAACCUAAAACUUCUGUUGGGAGGGUCUUGGUUAUGAAUGUGCUCUUUCAAAAAGUCCAAGAUAUCACUAUUAGGCAAGACCUUAUAAUUCAUUCCUUUUGGAAAGAAACUUACUGGUAACAGUCAAGCAAUUCGUUGUAGAACUUUAUACUAGAAACUUUCUGAAAGUCCAUUUAUUGUCUCAUUUUCCGUGCUAGUAAAACUGCAGAAAAUGUUAUGCUUAGUUCUUCACUGCCGGAGUAAGUAGCGUAGAAAGCCUCCAUCAAGUUACAGUUGGAAGGUAAUCUAAUAAAAGAAGAUUAGUGAAUGUAGAGAAGACAAAAGCAGUCAUGUUUGAGUUUAAUAUUUCUCAAAUUUAGCAUUUUAGCUAAGAUGCCCAUUUUUAUU